AUGUUGGUUUUAAAAUCGGCAAAAUCACAAAUAUCAAAGAGAAAACUUAUUCAUUCAAUUACUUUAUUUUAUUUCAAAUUAGGUUCAAAAAACGAAGUGUUUAUGGAAGAUGAUAUAUUAGUUAAUUUUGGUAGCUGUCGAUCAUUUCGGCGACUGGAUCCGUUGACAUCUGAGUCAGACCCAGUACAGCCCUUCUUGAUUCCGGCACAGUUUUCGCCGAUUCCAGCAGGCUCCUUGCCGCCGGAUUCCGACCGUGCCAUAAUAACCUGGAUCCUGAUCAUUGCUCACUUAUUCUUCUUAUUGAUUCUGUCUGGCUACAAUAGACAAGAAAUACAAAAUAUGCAAGCUGAAUACUCCAAGAAUACUCGACGUUUUUUUAAGAAACUAGUGGCUGAUAUGGACGUUACACCUGCGAUUGAACAAUUAAUAGCUGAUCGGGAACUGUUAGAAGAAAUAUUCAAUGCUGUCAGUGAAGUAACCACUGAAGAAAAUCGUACACAUUUAGCCAAAAUCGUCGCAAAUAUUUGUAUCGAUGAUAAAAGUGUACGAAUAAUUGAAGAACAAUUAAAAGCAAAUACAGAUGAAUUGGAUACGAAAAAAAUAUUUGUCAAAGAGAUAUUGAUGGAAAUUAUCAAACGAUUGUGUAGACAAUUCAAACAAGUAUGUGGUGAUGAUCGGAAACGAGGAAAUAUCGCUUUUUGUCUCAGCAAAUUGAAUAUCAAAACAUUGGCAUCGUAUCGUAUACUGAAAGAGAACUUUCCAAAUGUUACCGAAACGAAUGGACAGACUGAAGAUGAUUAUGAUGAAGAAGAGCAUUUAGCAUGGAAAAAGUAUCUCAUGCCUGUGCUCACUGACAUUGAACGACGUUUGAAACCGAUGGAAAUCAAUUCUUCUCGACGGGUUUCGACUCCUACGACGCCAAAACGAAAGCUCGAUCGUUUAUCAUAA